CGGAGCUGCCGUCAGUCACCGGGAACAGAUUUCUCCUCUCCAUCUGGCCCACUGAGGGCGAAAAAUUCUCAACAAUUUCCAGCAGACGAGCCAGUGGCUGUUCUAACUGCUUGUUCCAGAGAUCAGAAACAUCGGAGAAGAAAGCCCAAUCAACCGAGAAAGCCUCUACCCCUCCCUCCAUUAGCUAAUUAAAAAUCUCCCAGGGGCAUAACCAUCACGAGUUGCAUCAUUUUUCUUGAAGACAUCCCACUAUUGUUCCACAGACCUUUCCCUCAUCACUGAGAACUUGGGAGUUGAGUUAUGUCAACAGCUGCCUUAAUUACUUUGGUUAGAAGCGGUGGGAUCCAGGUGAGAAGGAGAGUGCUGCUAAGCUCCCGCCUCCUGCAGGAUGACAGGCGGGUGACGCUCACGUGCCACAGCUCCACUACAGAGCCCCGGUGUUCUCGGUUUGACCCAGAUGGUAGCGGGUGUCCAGCCACCUGGGAUAAUUUUGGGAUCUGGGAUAACCGCAUUGAUGAGCCAAUUCUGCUGCCGCCCAGCAUUAAGUAUGGCAAGCCAAUUCCCAAAAUCAGCUUGGCAAACGUGGGCUGUGCCUCACAUAUUGGCAAACGGAAAGAGAAUGAAGACCGGUUUGACUUUGCUCAGCUAACAGGUGAGAUCCUAUACUUUGCUGUGUAUGAUGGACAUGGCGGACCUGCAGCUGCUGAUUUCUGUCACACCCACAUGAAGAAAUGCAUCAGGGAUUUGCUUCCAAAGGAAAAGAACUUGGAAACUGUGUUGACCUUGGCUUUUCUAGAAAUAGAUAAAGCCUUUGCAAGGCACGCCCACCUGUCUGCUGACGCCACCCUACUGGCCUCUGGGACUACUGCCACAGUAGCCCUAUUGCGAGAUGGUAUUGAACUGGUUGUAGCCAGUGUUGGGGAUAGCCGGGCUAUUUUGUGUAGAAAAGGAAAACCCAUGAAGCUGACCAUUGACCAUACUCCAGAAAGAAAAGACGAAAAAGAAAGGAUCAAGAAAUGCGGUGGGUUUGUAGCUUGGAAUAGUUUGGGCCAGCCUCAUGUGAAUGGCAGACUUGCGAUGACAAGGAGUCUUGGAGAUUUGGAUCUUAAAACCAGCGGUGUGAUAGCAGAACCAGAAACCAAGAGGAUUAAGCUACAUCAUGCUGAUGACAGCUUCUUGGUCCUCACUACAGAUGGAAUUAACUUCAUGGUGAAUAGUCAAGAGAUUUGUGACUUUGUCAAUCAGUGCCAUGAUCCCAACGAAGCAGCCCAUGCAGUGACUGAACAGGCAAUACAGUAUGGUACCGAAGAUAACAGUACUGCAGUGGUAGUGCCUUUUGGUGCGUGGGGAAAAUAUAAGAACUCUGAAAUCAACUUCUCGUUCAGCAGAAGCUUUGCCUCCAGUGGACGAUGGGCCUGAUCGCUUGCUGGGACUCUGGAGUUUCUGUGCCACAGUUUUCCCUGAGUAUGUCAAGAAACUGAUUAGAUCAAAAAGUAACUGUACAAGAGUGACCCUGUGACUCACUGGAUCAGUAGCAAGUCAGUGUAAACUAAGUAACCAAUUACAUAGUAGUUUUUCACAAAUACCCGUCAUAUUUAUGUUCAGCUGUAUAUUCUCAGUAUAAAUAUAUGUGUAUUUCAGCUAUUGUGAGUCUCUGAGUUGAGUGAGCAGAUGAAAAGUGGUUUGAUACACUUGCUGAGUGUUAAAUUUCUAAUUUUUAAAACUCUUAGGCAGCUUUGAGUUUCUUUUGAUCAUUUUUCUUCUUUAUUCAUUUGAACAGGUUCUUGUCUUCAAGUUCUUCAAAACUAGUCAGUAUUUUGACAGCUACUCAGUGUGUUAUCUGCAAGUGUUUAUUUUUAUUAACUGUACCAAGGAGUAAGUGUGAAAACUGAGUUCUCUCUGAGUUCUGUUUGAAGUCUUCUGGACCACUUAUUGGUAAAUGUAACAAUGUAAAAGAAAUUAAUUCAGAGACUAUGUCACUGCUAAAUUGUAUACAUAUUUAUAAACAGUGCACUUGUAUAUUUCAGCUGUCACCAGGUUCCCUCCCCCAUUCAUUCCUAUUUUUCUGCAGCUAAGAAUGCUAUAUAGAUAUGAUUAUUCCUUCAAUCAGACAAGAAUGCACAGGCUAAGAGUACUUUGUUUAAAGCUAUACAAAGUUAAAUACUGCUGGUAUCAGGUAUUUUGUAUACAGUUUCCAUUUGUUAUCUCUAACUCUGUUUUGUGUUUUGUAUAUAGUAUGUUUAUAUCACUUUUUGUAUAGACUUAGCAAGUUGGAUAAUUUGUCAGUACAAAUAAUACCACAUUGACUGAUACUGCUACAGACAUAGCUUGAGGUUUGCUUAUUUCUAGACUCAUUGGAAAGAAUAAAUCUAAAACAAACAUUAGAAGAUUCUAUAUUUCAGUUAUGUAAUUUAGGAGUAUAAAACUAUACUUCCUUAUAGCUGCAUGUUUGUUAUUAAAAUGUGAUUCUCUAAAUGUGUGUUUGAAAUUAGAUCUGCAGUUUAUUUCUGCAGACAAUGUAAAUUUGUUAUAUGUGUGGCUGUAUGUACAUAUGUAUAUUUUGGAGUAAUAGAAAAUUAAAGGGAACCAUCCUGCAUAGCUCCUUCACCAGUUAGCUAUAAAUUAUUGAUAUGUUUAUCCCUAAGGACUCUUGACAAACUGAGGGCAGUUUUAUAGUGGAGAACCAGUGGUUAUUGGCAAAUGAAGAAAUAGAUUAAAAAUGGCUGUAGGAGAUAUUUUAUGGUGGGUAACUUAAGUGGAAAACCCAGGAACAGAACCAGCAUGUUGAAGCUACAUUGCUAUAUGGUAAUUUGCAUAUAAAAUAAUAGUAUAUGAGAAAAAUACUGAGCGUUAAGAAUGACAUGGAGUUUUGUUGUAGAAACAAAAGAAAAAGAAACCACAAAGAUAAGUUGGCGUAGUAUAUACCUUGAACUCUCAAUUUUCAGGGUUGACUUUUUUUCUUUCUUUAAGUUUUAUUUAAAGGCUUAUUAGAAGGAAGGGGGCCUAACAUAAAUAUUCGUAUCUUCUCAUUUUUUUGAGAAUGCAAGAAAAGUAAAUCUUGAGUUUUCCUGCCUAUGUUAAUCAGAAAUUGUCCUUUGAAAAAAAGUGGUAAAGAAAUAUUUCAAUUUUUUUUUCAAGGAAGUUUGGUGCAAGAAAGAAAAACAUACAGGAAAGAAUAUCGUCUCCUAUUUGUUUUCUGAGAAGUGAGGAACCAAAGGUAGACUAACAAAGCUGGACAACUUUCUUGCUUUUUCUGAGUCAAGUCUUGGAAUAUAAAUAUGGAAGCUACAUUUAGGAGUGUGGAGAAUUUCCAAACUAACAAGCAAACCCAAGCUCUGAAGCACAAAAUGACAUUCUAAAGGCGUAGCUUCCUUUUUGUUUGAGUUCUUCACAUUACUAUUCCUCUCUUUUACUUUAAAAACUAAGGGUGGGAGUGAUGUUGUCAACUUCAAAGAUCUAAGAGUCCCAGAUGCAUGAGGUCGAUUGCCAGGUUUGACAAAGGAAUUUGUAGGGCUUCUUGGUGUUGGUCUGGGGUGGACUUUGCUCUGCUUCACCUGAAAACUUUUAAAACAUGAAACCAGUCAAUUUUGAUUAAAGCAUAAAAACAUACUGGUGUUUAUUUUUCAAGCCACAAUGUUGAAGUAUAACUUGUAGAUUAUUAUAAUCCAUAAAAGAUAAGCAUAUUUGCAUUAGGUUUCUAAGUCUAUUACUGGGAAUUAUGCAAACAGUAGUG